CAGUUGAAAAGAGGUGCGUCUUGAGGCGGGACUGAAAUACGGUGAGGGACUGAGAGUAACGGAUGUCUUGGGGGAGGGAGUUCCAAAGCCUGGCUGCUGCCCUGGAGAAGGCUCUGUCUCCAAAGCUGCGCAGGUCGCCAGCUUUCUGCUUACCAAAGCGCACCGAGUUCCGCUCAGUGUGGCCAAUCGUGUCGCGCUGUGGUUCAGCACCAUUGCAGUGUGGAGAGAUCGUACGGAGGUGUAGCUCGCUGAGAGCGGUAUCAUUUGGAGGAAAGCUACUCGACCUGGGUGACCGCUCUGGGAAAACACCACCGAUACAGUCACCGCGUGACAUUAGCAGCUUCAGUCCGGAUGAUCCUCAGUGAUUGACAGAUGUGUGACUCUGUGGGGAACCAUUUGCCUCUCCCAGUGGAGAUCUGAGUUCUGGGACACUGAGGCAGCCGAGGGGGGGUCUCUGAGGAAGAUGCUGGGUUCAGAGCGCGGUGUUGUCGAAGAAUGGCUCUCAGAAUUCAAGUCCCUACCAGAAACCCGCAUCCCCAGCUACGCCGGCAGCCUUCAUCUAAAGAAGUCCCUGGUGCUGGCAAUCUACAGAGUCAUCCAGGACCCCAACAAUGAGCUGCUGGAGCCUGUGUGCCACCAACUGUUUGAGCUGUACCGGAGCUCUGAAGACCGCCUGCGCCGCUUCACCCUGCAGUUCCUGCCUGAGCUGGUGUGGGUAUAUCUACGCAUCACGGCAAGCAGGGAUCGCCAGAGCAACGGGUGCAUCGAGGCCCUCCUCCUGGGCAUCUAUAACCUGGAGAUCGUGGACAAAGACGGCAACAGCAGGCUCCUCUCCUUCACAAUCCCAUCUCUGUCCAAACCAUCAAUAUACCAUGAGCCUUCUAGCCUGGGGCCCAUGGCAUUGACGGAGGGGGCCCUGUGUCAACAUGAUCUGAUCCGAGUGGUGUACAGCGGCCUCCACCCACAGAGAGAGACGUUCACAGCUCAGAACAGGUUUGAAGUGCUGUGUUUCCUCAUGCUCUGCUACAACUCUGCCGUGGUGUACAUGCCCCUAUCUUCCUACCAGUCAGUCUGCAGAAUGAGCUCACGACUGUGUGUGUGUGGCUUCCCCCGGCAGCAGAAGAAGCUUUGGAGGGAACCGUGUAACCGCGUGCUGCUGGACCCCGAGUUCAUGGUGCAGAUGCUGACUGCAGUUUAUCACGCCAUAUACAAUGGAGAGUGGGAGAUGGGUCGGGAAGCUCUGGAGGACAUUCUGUACCGAACUCAGCUGGAGCUUUACUCCCAGCCGCUCUUGCUGGGGAACGCCAUGAAGAACUCGCUGCCAGACAGCGCUCCAGAUGAGCCGCGGGGCCGCAAGGUGCUCCAGGUGGAGGUGACACCCACCAUUAGCCGCAUCUCCAUGUCAGCCAUCACCACCGCCUCCAUACGACGCCACCGCUGGAAGAGAGAGGAUUGUUUUGACGACUCAACCGCUGCAGAGUUGAGCCUCAUCGUCAAUCCGCCUAGCUACGCCAAGCGCCACCACCACCACCACUACCACCACUCUCCCUGGGACCCCGCAGCCAAAGAGGAGAGAGAAGCGCGGCCUCACAGCCACCACAGCAGCAGCAGCAUCAUUCCCCCCAUCACAUUUGAGGAUGCUGAUGGUAUGAGCGGUGGGGAAGAUUCCUUCAAUGUCAACGACCCAGACGAGGGAUUCUCCUCUGGGGCGUCUAACAGCAGCCAGCCCAGUGGCACCAAGGUGGGCGGCGGCGUGGGGCCGAGGGGCGGCAGCCUGAACAGCAGCAGCAGCAGCAUCAAGAAAGCUAUCACGGCCCGGCUGUCCCGGGACAAGGAGAGAGAUCGGGAGAAGGAACGGGAGAAGGAACGGGAGAAGGAACGGGAGAAGGAACGGGAGAAGGAACGGGAGAAGGAACGAGAGAAGGAUCGGGAGAAGGAACGAGAGAAGGAGCGAGAGAGGGAGGUGGAAAAACAGGCAGAGUUGUCAGCGGAUCACCAGGCAGCUGUUCGGAGGCACAACCAGAGGCAGCAGUCGCCUCCAGCCAGCAUUAACUUGGAUGCCAUCCAGCUGAGCCCCAUAAAGAAGCACCUGAGCUUCCCUGCGGGGCCCACGCUGGUGCGGACUGGCAGCACCUCAUCCAGCAAGUCCUUUGACUGCAUGAAUUUCAACCUGAAUGGAAGCGAUGACGUGCGUGAGGAGGAAGCGGCGGAGGGGGGCUCUGACAAGGAAGGAGUGCUUCCAGCAGGCCACUCCCACCGCCACUCCACCAUUAGCCUGCAGGAGGAGCACCUCGUCAGGCCACAGGAUGCCCAGGACCUCCUGUCUUCUGGAGCUCCUCUCACCAAGCAGUCCCGCUCCCCCAGUUUCAACAUGCAGAUCAUAUCACAGGUCUAACUUGCAAUGCAGAGCAUGGCAAACACACACACACACACACACACCAAAUACCUGCUCAUAACACUCAUCCUCAUGCAGUUUUUCUCUGCAACUCUUUAUGUAUGUGUGUGUGUGUGUGUGUGUGUGUGUGUGUGUGUGUGUGUGUGUGUGUGUGUGUUUUAGAGUUGUUACUCCACCCUUUUAACAUCCAUUACAAUCGUGACCUGUAGUCGUUGCUGGUGGGUUUAGCGAGACUGAAAAUGCAACAAGCGAAAAGUAGGAAAUGACGACUGCCCACUGCUGUAACUACAGUCCAGCAUGUCACUGCAUCCUCCCGUCUGACCAAGCUGAGCAUUCCACAAAGAAACUCCUAAGAGGAGGAAACGUUGAGAGGAAACGCGUUAAGGAUGCCACGCUAGCUGUAGGGGUUUAACAUGACCUUUCAGAUUAUUUUGAGUUCCUGACUGAAUCAGUCGAAAAUGAAUCAGCAAUAACACUUACCGUCGCUCACGUGGAGAAGAGUGGGGAUUAUUGCUUUCUCUUCAUUCCUUCCCUUUCAUUCCCGGGCUCCCGUGCAAUCGUUCUUGCUGAUUAUCUUCCUUGUCAUUUGCUGUUUUCUAAUAAUUAGGCAUUAAUGGUUUUAAUUAAUCAAAUUCCUUUUUUUUAAAUGUUUUCGUUUUUUAAUCACAAUCCAAAGAAGGUAGCAUUUGUUUUUCUUUUCUUGUUUGACAGUGAUUUUGUCAGAAAUCAGUCGGACCUAACUGAUUCUUUAGUUUUUAUCCCACGACCUACCUUUUUAUUGUGCAACUAUUUGUUGGAAAACCAAACUGGAAGGUGGUAAAGGUUUGUCUGGCCCCAAACUUUGAACUGGACAAAUCUGAAUAAAUUAGUACUGUGCAGCUACAAGAGGAAGAAAUUCAUCUUGAGGCUUGAUUUUAAAAAGAAUCCGAAGCUGAAUCUUGUGGAAGAACUGGAUCAAAAACAUUGUGCAGUGACAGUGCAGGUUUGGGUCUAAAGCUAAAAGGCAAUGACUGUAUUUUAUAUUGGAUUGUUAUUAUGGUUCAAACCAUUUAAUGGGUCCUUCCAUCUGAAAGCACUUGUAGGGGUGUUUGUCAGGCUCUAGCUUGUGUGUGGUGUCAUGUCUGAGCCGGUGACGUACUGCCCUCUGGAGGCUUGUACGAGUCACUGCGCAAUCACCGGCAGUCACCAUGACGAUCGUCUCGCGUUUUGUGCUCUGAUUGGAUGCUCAUGAAACAUUUUGUUCUACCUCAUUGUGUGUUGACCCUGCCACUCAGACACCUGUCACCCAAUCAGACGCAGGAUUUAUAGAACCCCCCCCCCCCCCCCCCCAUGAGGUUUGAAUGUUUGGGGGAUAUAAUAGUGGGGACCAAACUGGUUUCACACUGCAACUGUAAUGACACUGUAACAUCUUUGCUCAUGUGAGGAGUUGUGACUGAAAAUCUCAGCCUUGCAUUUCAGUUGAAUCGCACCAUGCACAAAACCUCGCUGCAAAACAAGAACACGACUGUCUUCAGGUUUUCUGUCCUAUAUCAAACAACCACAUCGGGAUUUAACCUGAUGAUUCGAAUUCCCCUAGAAAUGUCCUACUUACCUUUUUCUUAAUGUAACAAUCUUUAAAGUGCAAUUUUUAUUUUAUUUUUUUAAUCCUCAUGUGCAUAGAGUUGGAUCUUCUCUGCUGUUAAAUGCCUGCAUCUGCACACAGUGCUAGCUAGCCUUCUGUAGUGCUCCCUGCCCAGGCUGAGUGAUUUGAUCAUGGCGUGCUUGUCUGCAUGUUUAGUGCCCUGCAAAGCACUGCUGUUUCAGAUGCGUGAAACAGCCAGCGAGCCAAACCCAAGUCUCGUCCUUGUCUUUGCCAGAUGUGCCAAUACACAUCCUCUCCUUAAGGAAAUUAUGUUUUACUUGGGUGUCUUAAGUUUAAAAAGAAAAAGAAAAAAAAAAAAAAGCCUAUUUUGUUCUGUUUACUGGUCUUAUUUCAAAGUUAAGGGACAGAAAAAAAGGGGAUGUUUGGACGUAUGGCUCAACGUGCCCUUCGAUGCAGCUUCACCUUUUUUGCCAUGAAUUUUCUUUUCACUCAUCACAGGUGUGUGUGCGACACGCUGUACUUUCACAGUCAUCACUAUUUGCUGUUCACAUGUAAAAGCAGUAUAUUAUGCGUCUGUGUGCCGUAGAUGUCAGCUGUUGUAUUGCAUUUCCCACGUCUUGCGCACGUGCUUGUUUAAAAUGAGGAUGAAUGAUUAAUGUAUAUAAAAGUCAGUUCAGUCUGCAGUGGAAUAUCCCACACACUCAUGCUCCCGCUGUGCUGGAAACCUUCACAGCUGCUGCUCCUGGUCCCGAGUGAGUCCUGUGUGCGCUUUAGCCUUAAACAUUUCAGGCCAAAAAGCCUCUAUCGUCGGCUCUUUGGCCUCACACGCUCCUCCUCCUCCUCCCGCUGGACUGGACUGUGGAGGAAGAAGAGAGGAGUGCAGCUACAGUUCACACUCUCACCUGGUGUGUCUGCCGUCAUCCCUGUGCUGUGUGGCUCACAACGAGCCGUGUUCCCAUUUGCUGUAUUUUGCCGUGAGUUAAGUGGCACCUUUUUUGCUGUUUUUUAAAACUGGUGACGUGUUCAUGUCAUUAUUAUGAGUGCCCCUGAGCGAGGUUACCAGCAGCCAUGUUGGUACUGUAUGUCCACUUACUGUAGAGUUAUGGAUAGGCAAAUGUCCCUCUGUUUCUGGUGUUAUUUGCAUGUGAUCAGGGUGGGAAAUGAACACCAGCCAGUGAUUGUUGAUCAAACUUGACCGUGGUUGAAUAAUAAGCCCAGAGAUCCACACAAGGUCCACUUACAUUUCAAAAGAAGUCUUAAAAAGGUUCAAUGUGUAGUCGUCAGCCACUGCUGCUGGUGGAGAAAGUUCAUUUCCUGUCCUGCAUGUGAUAACUGUGGGCUUUGUUUUCAUACAGUAUAAUGCACUUUAAUCCAUCCACUUCUCUCCUCAGAUAGUUAUUGAAAUUAUAUAUAUAGAUGUGCAAAUGUGUAUACACUCAAUGCAGGGUUUUAGUCUCUUUAAAGUAGUACUUCUAUGUGAUGUCACAUCCAACACAAUGCUAUUUUUGUUAGUCUAAGGGUACAGCUAUUUAUUAGUUUUUUUCUUUUCAAAACCAAAAAAAAAAUGUAAGGGGGGGGUCUGGAAGGUCUCAGGAGUUUAUCAAAAAGCCACAUUUAAAAAAAAUGUCAGCACCAAAAUUUCUGUUCUUGAAGAAUUGAUUCUAUGCAACAUUUUUUCCCCUUUUUUCUCUAUUUUUUGUUUUUGGUGUUACCGGCCUUCAUCGAUCCGUGUCGGGUUGUACGGAGCAGAUGCAUUUAAGCUGAUUUAUAAAGUCCUGUUUAUACACCCUGAUGUGGUGCUACAGAGCGAAGGACCUCUCUCAUAUAAGAGGACCGUGCAUUUAUCAUCCGACUGCCCUCACAGAGAGAAAGCCACACCGGGACGUUUUGGUGCAUGUCGAGCCCUUCUGUCAGUUUGCUGCUCUGUGGCUCAAAGACGUCAGUCGGUGUAUGAAGUCUAAACAGAUUACUGAUGAUGAAUCUAAUCUAGAUGCUUCGAGAGAAGCUGCUGGACGAUGUGAUAACACUGUACUAUUGAUGUUGUAUAAAUGGAGAGAAAGACUUAUUUUAAAUCUUGUAAAUAGAAAAUGUACAAAGAUGAAAGCAAGAUAAAUAUAAAAAACUGAAGAUCAUUCUGAGAUGUAGAGAGAAAUUAAUCUGUAUAUUGUUGAAUAAAUAUUGUGCCGUAAGGGA